UACUUCCGCUCUGUCCCGUGCGGCACCGCCUCCGGAGCCUCCAAGAUGGCCGUCGGGGCGGAGCUAGGAGCCUCCAACCAUUUCCGCUUCCGGUGCAGGUGCCCGGGCCGUUGGCGGGGCGGUCCCCUCGACGGAAGGGACGUCAGCGGCGGAAACGCGCCGUGCUGCGCAUGCGUCCUUGUGUCUUCGGGCUCCGGGCCGGCAGAACUCCAGUCCAGAGAUUGCUACCGCCCGGGGACUGACCCACCAGCCAAUGGAGGAGAGCUUUGCUGGUUGCUAAGGAAACGUGAAGCGGCAAGAUGGCAGCCGCGGGCGGAGGGAACCCGAGCUCCAGUCGGUCGUCCCGGGACCCGCGGAGGAGGCCGCCGCGGGACGGGUAUGGUGUCUACGUGUACCCGAACUCUUUCUUUCGAUAUGAAGGAGAAUGGAAAGGAGGAAAGAAACACGGUUGGGGGAAGCUGCUAUUUAAAGAUGGGAGUUAUUAUGAAGGCGAGUUUGUAGACGGGGAGAUCACAGGGGAAGGCUGCCGGCUCUGGGCCUCAUCAGGGAACACCUAUUCUGGACAGUUUGUUUUGGGAGAGCCUCAAGGACACGGCAUCAUGAAGUACAAAGCUGGAGGACAUUACGAAGGCGAGCUCUCCCACGGCGCCAGAGAAGGACAUGGGCAUCUGGUGGAUCCGGAUGGACAAGCCUACUGGGGGUCAUUCCAUGACAACAAGCGGCAUGGCCAAGGGCACAUGGUCUUCCAGAAUGGUGACAAGUAUGAAGGCAACUGGGUCCAGGACCGGCGUCAGGGGCAUGGGGUGCUCUGCCGUGCUGACGGCUCCACCUACGAGGGACAGUGGCACAGUGACGUCUUCAGUGGCCUAGGCAACAUGACCCACUGCUCCGGGGCCAUCUACCGUGGGAUGUGGAUCAAUGGUCACCCAGUGGCACAAGCCAAGAGAAUCGUGAUUACAGGUCCAGAGGUGAUGGACGUGGCUCAGGGGUCUCCCUUCACACUGAGUGUUCAGCUGCGGCAGGAUAAUGGUGAAGUGGCCAAAGGUGAGGACGGCCGGGUUUUGAAGAUCUCAGCUGGUGUCAGGUACGUGCAGCUCCCGGCCUAUUCGGAGGUCAGCUUCUUCAAAGUGAAUAAGGACAGCCAAGAGACACCCAUCCAGACGCCGUUUGGGUUUGAGUGCAUUGCCUAUCCUCUGUGGAGUCCCAAGUCUGGGGGCCUGGAGCCCAGAGCUGCCCUGGAAAGUGCCGGAGACCUGCUGCCCCCCAAGGGAGAGCUGGAGCCAGCGCUGGCAUCAAAUACCUUUCGUGGCCAGAGGGACAUCCCCGGUGGCCUCCCUGGAGAAAAUUCUUCUCCCUCUUCCUGGGGACGCAAGCCCCAGUGUCCUGAGGACUGCCAGCGAGUGGAACAAGGCUGCGCCCAAUUCUCGGACGUCCGCCUGGGGCCCCCACCACCAGGGUACAGCCCUGUCUUCUUCCUCAACGACCCCCGUGAGAAAGCAGACGGCAGGCCCAGAGGUGGCCUGGGCCCCGGGAGGACGACGCCCACCAUGCAGGACCUGCCAGGAGGUAGCAGGCCUGAUGGGGUAGCUACUGCAGAGCUGGCAGCAGCAGCCUUCCCAGGGGAGUAUGUCAUCAUGAUCCGCGACGUGACUGACCCGCCCUUCCUGGGCCACACGCUGCCCACCGCCUUCAAACACCUUCGGGUCUUGGGGAAGGGGAUGGACCAGCGGCCCCAUGUCCCUGGAGAAGGCCCCGAAUCUCCGAGCUAGGACAGCCACCCUCACACAUCCCACAGCUUCAAUAAAAUGCUCCACACUGA